CCGCGCGCCGUCCGCUCCCGGCAUGCCUCGCGCCGCCAUGGCUGACCUGUUUGAUGGCAUUGUGAUGGCCGAGCAGAGGUUCCAUGGGGAGGGGUACCAGGAGGGAUUUGCAGAGGGCAGCCACACUGGAAUGGCUGAGGGCAGGAGGUACGGAGCGCUCCAUGGAGCCAGGAUCGGCUCAGAGAUCGGUUGCUACCUUGGGUUUGCACUGACAUGGCACUAUCUGCUCCAGAAAUGUACAGAUGAAAAGAACAGCAAAAAAAUAAGGGCUCUGGAUUCAUUAAUAGGGAUGAUUCAGAAAUUCCCAUAUGAGGACCCCACUUAUGAUAAGCUGCAAGAAGAUCUGGAAAAAAUCAGAGGAAAAUUUAAGCAGGUUUGUUCCAUGCUAAAUAUUCAGUCUGAUUUUAGAAUUCGUACUGAGAGAUCUUCAUUAACAUUUUGAUUGCAACAAAUGAAGAUAAACAUGGAUGACCAAAGGAAAAAAACAUUAAAAGAACAGAACUGGAAAAGUGUUUAUCUUCUUUUAUAUUAAAAAAAAUCAAAAUAAUGAAGAGAUGGAUGUUAAAGGGGAAAGAGAAAAUCACUGGACUUGCAAUGUUAUUUAACAUUUAUUAUGUCCAAGUUUUGUUUAAUCUAUUACACACACUAGUGUGUAAAUCUGUUAAAUAGAAAUAUUUGUUUUCAUUCUUUGCUAGUCUUGUACUGAUAAUUCCUCAAAAGGAAAACAAGCAUUUGCACAGUUUCCUUGUUUAAAGGAUGCCUGUUACUUAAAAAUCUGUGUAUGCAGAUCGUUCAGUCUACACAAUGUGUAGAUGCUGUGGGUGAAGGAAAAUAAAAUCAAUUCCCCGCAGACUUUGCAGCAGGAAAGAAUUAUGUGGGCAGGGGAUGGAAUGAUAAAGGAGGUCAGAAUGCAGAGGAGAAGGAUGAAGAUAAUCUGCUCAGAAUAUGGAAUUUAUACCUGGAUUUUCCAGUAGUUUUGCAGACUGAUGGAGGGAAGGGAGCAAACUCCACAAAAUCUAACCCCAACAAGUUAACAAUUUAAAUGGUGGGUGAGAUAAACAUGACUGCCAGAAGAGUUGUGAUUUUCAUUGACUGCAUUUAUUAGUGCCUCUUACAGAGACCAGCUUUUUAUGUGCCAGCCUUGUAAAGUGACCUCUUUAGUUUCAUUUCAAAUCAAUGGAUGCUGCCAGUUGCAUGUAUUUAACUGUGUCAGUAGACAGAAAUACCUGGAACAGGCUUUGGCUUGGGCUGCUGGAUGUCUUUGCAUUCCAGUUCUGUAAGGAAUUCCAGAAUUCCUUUAUCAGCUGUACCCUGUGUGUGUCUGCCUAUGCAUGCAUGGCACAGUGCAGCCUCAUAAAGACAGAUUUGAGGUUUUUGGUUUCUUUAAUUGUCUUACAUGUGAAUUUUGAUACACACAGGCAGUGUCAGAGCCAUCUAGUGGAUGUGUGGGAUUGUAGGAGCUCAAAAAUAUUUGUAUAGGUGAAGUUGUUAAAAUAAACAGUACAAAACAUACAUGCUCCUGAGAAUUCUAAUUAUGUGGAAAAUUUCUUUGAAAAGAGUAACACUGAGAUAGGAAUUAGUUUGUACUUGUUUCAUCAUUUGCAAAAAUGUCUGUAAAAGCAAGGGCAGGGCUGUGAGAGCUCCAAGUAGAGCAUUUGUUUAGUAGAAGUGUGUGAUAUGUGAGUAACAAGCCAAGGUGCUGCUCUAGAGAUUGUAUCAGACACAAGUAUUUUUGUUCAGCUCAGGAGAGAAAGGGUCUUUUGCAAUCAGAUGGUGACUGUUAUUUGGAAAAUUGGUUUGGUGGCUAAUUUUCUUGUAUUGCUUUAGUUUUAAUAAAUAAUUAUUGCUUUAUUUUUAAUAAAAUAAUAUAAUAAAUUAUUAUAUAAAUACAUGUGCAUAUACUGAACUGUAAGUAUUGCAUCAACCAGGAUUUCCCGCUGGGAUGUACCAAGUUUAGGGUUAUCUAUUAGGUCUUUAAUUUUUUAAUUAGGUCUUUAAUUAAGUUUCAUAUCUGUGUACACACUGAUGGAAUCUCUUCUUCCAUGAGUCUCUAUUUUUCUGACUGUCUGCUGUUUCACACCUUGUGUGGGCCUGGUUUGGUUUAUUAAAUGAGGCAGAGUUCAAAACUGUU